AUGAAAGAUCAUGCUUGUAUCGUUACUCACGGUUAUCAUACCGAUAUUGCUUUGAAGAUUUAUAGUAAUCGUAUAUUUUUGAUUAUAACACACUUUAAAAAAUUUGGAUCAUUGAUAGCUAUAAGUCGUGGAACUUCAGUUUGUCAAUAUAACAAUAGCAUUUAUUCUACCAAGAUAUUAUUUGGAAAGGAUGAUGUUGAAAUUAUGGCAGCAGCUCGAUAUAUAGCAGAGCAGAUUAAUGCAGAUAAACCAUUAUUAAUUUCAAUAUCUUUGAAAGAUUAUGAAUUAGAUACUUUAAAAACCAUAGUUAAGACUAUAAAUGAUAUGAAAGCAUGGUAA